AUGACUUCGUCCGCCCGCUUGCACCCGGACCAUCAAGUUUACAACCGUUUCCUCCUCGACCCGUCGGCAUCAUUGCCCAUGUGGCUCGACCUAAUGCCAUCUGGCGACCGCGCGACCAACGGCGGCAGUAUCGCUGGGUACAUCGCCGCUGGUAACAGUGCAGCCGUCAUGCAACACCUCGAGUCGCUCAUUCCCGCUGCCGUCGACCCUAAACCCGCCAUCAUGCACGGGCAACAAGGCGCGGUGGCCGCCGACGGCACCAUCAUUGUCGAGAAUCUCCCUGUGGUGCAGUGCCUGCUGGACGCGCACGAGAACCGCGACGGGCUGCUGCCAUUCGUGACUGGAUUUUCUCGCGCCGAGCGCAGAAUUUUCCUGGAGCGCAUCGUUCGUCUGGUCCAAGUGGAGCUGGGCGGCCGUCUGGUCCGCAACACGAUGAUCGCCGAGCUGUACGACAUUCAGCACCAGGGACCCGACCGCCGCCGCUUCCUCCUCAAGGAUUUUUAUCUGGAGCACCCUUUCGCCAUCUUUGACACGGCCCCACUGUUUGAGGAGAGCAACGAUACAAUCGCGAAUACGCAAGAGCGUUUCCAGGCGUACAUCCUCCGCAACAUGAAGGAGCAGGGUCUUCAGGCGCCCGACGUCGUUUGGAAGCCGCGCAAGGCGAGUCAUAUGGGGGGCGCCGAACUCCAAAAGGUGUCGGUUCUCGAGGAGGUCGACGACGAGAUGGCCAAGAAGAUUGUCAAGUACGGCGAGGCCCGGCUGGAAGCCGGCAUCUUCAUCUCGCUCAUCUAUGCGGAAGUACUUGCGAAAUUUGGCGUGGUGCCUACGCAAAUCGGAUCCCAGCUGUACAUGUUGACGAAGAACAAGAAGAUCAAGCCCAAGCGCAACGCUCUUGCUUCCCGCGCCGCCUUGGAAAAGCUCCGCGCCCAGUUCGAGGCAGACCCCAACGACGACCCGGAAGCGUACAACGCAUCCACCCUUCGGCGCGCCAUGACCCCCGGCUCGUUUUCUCCUCGUAUCCGUUCUGGGAAGUGUUUACGCGCUACGACGACGAGAAAAACAUCACCACCGAGCAGCGCCGUGUUAUCAACAAGCGCGGUCGCCGCUUUGGCUGUGUAG